AUGAAUGAUCCGCUCCGCCCCGGCCUUCAGCCGAUAUCCCAUCUCAAGGCUGGGCCGACAACAUCCAGCUCCAGAUCCACCGCGCUGCCUUCCCCGACGACGCUUCAGCCUCCUUCGCGUCCAUCCUCUCGACUCCGUACACAAAGAGAUUCUAGCAAGGAUGACUCGGACUCCGCUAACGAUAAGGCCACCACUGCCCUGAUCCGACGCGUCCUGUGCCCCCAGACAAGCAGCCACGGAGCAUCUUCCCCACAGCCUCUGGAAGAGCUAUUACCUCCCCUCACGAGCUCCAAUGACGUUGAUCGUCAACUCUACGCCCUUCUCGCUAUAAUUAUAAAGGAAUUUGUUUACUCGUGGUAUUCGAAGAUUACCCCCGACCAGGCUCUUGUGAAUGAAGUUCUACAAGUAAUCGCGCAUUGCACGCGUGCACUCGAGCAGAGGCUGCGCCAAAUCGACGUUGCACAACUAGCCCUGGACGAGAUCCCUGGCCUGGUGGAAGCACAUGUACUCUCGUACAGACUUGCCAGGCAACAGUCACAUCUUUCUGGCCUACCGACGUCAUACCGUACGCUCUAUCAUGAGCUAAAUCCACACCCCGGUCUUUCUCCAGUACCUGAUCCAAGAGAUCCAGAUACGAUCGCCGAGCAGGUAGAGAACGAAGCGGUCUAUCGACGACUACUCGCCAACGGUAUCCUAGCAGUUCUUCUUCCAACGGAAGAUCUUGAAAAUAGCAGUCUCCGAGCGCUGGUGGUUGACGUUAUAGCAGAUCUGAUACUGGGGAACCAAGUCAGUGGCAGGGCAUGCGAAGGAUGGUUCAUUUGGGAAACUAUGGGCAAACUCGCCGCUCAAGUGGGACGUCGUCAAACCCAAGAUGACACAAAAUCCACCCCGGACACUCAAAUCAACCGAUUAGAGAAGUUUGGCUUAGUUUCAACCGAUGAUGAGCUCCCAGACCAGCCAUCAACGUCGUUCUCGGCCACUGCUUGGAUAUGGAACCUUCUGCAGAUGAUUUAUCUUGGUUACGUCGUCUUGCGUUUCAUUGCGAUGGGUUUAUUUCGUGUCGCAUCGAGCCCAGGCCCUUCUCACAACCUCAGUGUUUCACCUGCCUUAUCCAUCAAUCAGAAAAGAGAUGGGAUGGCGUCCGAGGGCAUCACAAGUAGGCGCCCGGUUCUCGACUACCAAAUGUAUUCCAUGGUUUCGCAGAUACUGGGAAUCUCAUGGAAAAUGCCAUGGCUGAGUGGCUUGCUCGCUCUAUUCCAACACCUUAUUUUGGCUGGCCCAGGCAGGGUCGGUGCUACGGACGGAAUCUUUGAUAGAUUCCUCCGGGAGACCAUUGAGGAGUACGUGCUGACCCCCACUUUGUUGCCCAACCUUCUUCUUGCAACGAGGACCGCCUUGUUCCCAGCCAAUACCCGUCCAAUAUCUCAGACAGCGGCCGGCCAUACUGAAGCUCCGGCCUCGGCUCUGCAGUCUGUGCAGACCCCGACACCCAUUCAGAAAGCCCUCGCGCCCUCGGCCUCAUCUAAUACUCCUAUUGUGGAAGGAGUCAGGGGCUCUAAUACCGAUAUCGUUGGUAAAACUGUUAAUCCGGGGAAUAGCAGGAACAGCGGCAAUACUGGAGGGGGUCAUGCCUCAACCAGUACCUCAGGCCAUCCAUCCUCAUUUUCUGCCAUUGCGGCCGAUGCCCCAACACCAAAGUUAAAUGACCCGGCCGAGCCGGCACAAGGGAACAGCCCAUCUAAGACGGAGAUCGCCGCUAUCAAGCGACGAUGUGCAGCUAGUCUUUUGGCUGUGGUCCCGCGCUCCGUCGUACGAACUUUCCUCGGUGUUCCUUCUUCGGCGCCUCCGCCGCCCUACAAUGGUGACGGUACCUGCAGCUCCAACAGUUCGACCUCUCUCGUCACAUCGUCCCCUCCCCCUUCCCCCAGUGUGCAUCAUGAAUCUUUCCAGCGGGGGAAUGCAAAUCUGGCGCCAUCGCAUUCACCUUUGCCUUCGAGUCCCUGUCCAGUUGCGUGUGGUCACCUUGCCGCUGAGCGGCUGCGCACAGACGAUGAUCCAUCUGCGGGGAUUGAUUGGGAGGAACUACAUCUCCUGGCUGUAAUCGAGCGUGAUUUUCUAGACCUCUUUGCAGAUGAGUACUGCAAUAAACAUCUAGUCUGGAGUAUUAUCGAGACAGUGUUGGCCAAGGUGCUCCCUGAAAUGGCUGAGCGCAGUGUGGAAGAUUUACUGGAAGACCGUGGGGUGGCGUCAGUGCCACCUGCAUUUGUAUAG